GCAGGGAGGAGGGCAAGGGGAGGGAGGAGGCGCCCUCCGGGCUCCCUGCAAAGCGGCCUUAUUUAUCUGGGCACAGCCUCAGCCUCCCCGGUGGGAGGCUCAGGGCGGCAGAUCCUCUCCCACCGGGGAGCUCCGCUCCGGACCCUGCCAAAGAGGGCCCUGGCGCGGGGCGCCGGGCGCGGGGUGCAAUCGGGCCCUGCUAGCCAGUCCUGCACCUCGGCCGCCUCCGCUCUGGGCGGCUCGGGUGCUGGGCUCCCCAUGACGCGAGGUCGCCCGGCGGACAGCGUGGCAUGAGCCAGAAGCCCUGGCCGAGAACGUGCAAGGAAAAUGUCGAGCCCCGGUAUCGAUGGUGACCCCAAGCCUCCAUGCUUGCCUCGAAAUGGUCUGGUGAAGCUGCCUGGCCAGCCCAACGGCCUAGGUGCAGCCAGCAUCACCAAGGGCACUCCUGCUGCCAAGAACCGCCCUUGCCAGCCACCGCCCCCACCCACCCUUCCACCUCCCAGCCUGGCUACACCACUGUCCCGGGUUGCUCUGGCCGGAGGGCCAUGCCCCCCAGCCAGUGGACCAGCUUCAGGCCCAGUGCCUGGACCCCCAGUGGAGCGGCCACCACUGGCCACAGAUGAAAAGAUCCUUAAUGGGCUCUUCUGGUAUUUCUCAGCAUGUGAGAAGUGCAUACUGGCCCAGGUGUGCAAGGCUUGGCGGCGUGUGCUCUACCAGCCCAAGUUCUGGGCAGGCCUCACGCCUGUACUGCAUGCCAAGGAGCUGUACAACGUGCUGCCUGGAGGCGAGAAGGAGUUUGUGAACCUGCAGGGCUUUGCCGCUAGAGGCUUUGAGGGAUUCUGUCUAGUCGGUGUCUCUGACUUAGACAUCUGCGAGUUCAUCGACAACUAUGCGCUCUCUAAGAAGGGAGUCAAGGCCAUGAGCCUCAAACGCUCCACCAUCACUGACGCCGGCCUAGAGGUAAUGUUGGAGCAGAUGCAGGGAGUGGUGCGCCUGGAGCUGUCAGGCUGUAAUGAUUUCACUGAAGCUGGCCUGUGGUCCAGCCUCAGUGCACGGAUCACCUCACUGAGCGUCAGUGACUGCAUCAAUGUGGCGGACGAUGCCAUUGCUGCCAUCUCACAACUCCUACCCAACCUGGCAGAGCUAAGCCUUCAGGCCUACCACGUGACUGACACGGCACUGGCCUACUUCACAGCGCGCCAGGGCCACAGCACCCACACUCUGCGCCUGCUUUCCUGCUGGGAGAUAACCAACCAUGGGGUGGUCAAUGUGGUGCACAGUCUGCCCAACCUCACCUCACUCAGCCUCUCAGGCUGCUCUAAGGUCACUGAUGAUGGAGUGGAGCUUGUAGCUGAGAACCUGCGCAAGUUGCGCAGCCUUGACCUUUCCUGGUGCCCUCGGAUCACUGAUAUGGCACUGGAGUAUGUGGCCUGCGACUUGCACCGCCUGGAGGAGCUCGUGCUGGACAGGUGUGUACGCAUCACGGAUACUGGCCUCAGCUAUUUGUCCACCAUGUCGUCCCUCCGCAGCCUCUACCUGCGAUGGUGCUGCCAGGUGCAGGACUUCGGGUUGAAGCACCUCUUAGCCAUGAGGAGUUUGCGACUCUUGUCUCUAGCAGGCUGCCCGCUCCUGACUACCACGGGGCUAUCGGGCCUCGUGCAGUUGCAAGAGUUGGAGGAGCUGGAGCUGACCAACUGCCCUGGAGCCACACCUGAGCUCUUCAAGUACUUUUCGCAGCACCUGCCGCGCUGCCUCGUCAUUGAAUAGCGCAGGCUUCCCAACUCGGCCGCCGGAACCGGCCACGCCCUGGGCAGUAGCCCCUUUUCCAUCCCUGGGGGAGCACCACUUCUCGGCCCUGCGCUGGAGGCGGGGCAAGCUGAGGGAAACCCCGCCCCGUGCAUCCCUUGCUCCUCUGCUCCGCUGCUCCAUCCCCGCCUGGGGCAAGAGGCAGAGGGGCUAGCCCCACGUACGCACGCACACUCGGGGACUUUGUGCAUGCCCCUCGUGCCCGCACUGCACGCCCGCCCUCCAUCAUGCCACAGCCGCCGCCAUCACUCGCCCGCCUUCUGGGGGUCUAGGUCCUUUGGGGGAUGCUUUGAGUGCAGACGCCCUCACUGCCUUCCCCAUUCAUUCUGCUCUCUGCCUCCCCCUGCUGUCCCCCAUCCCGGGCAGGGCCCAAGGGGAUGGAGGGAUUGGUCCCCCUGGACUCGGGCCUGGAAGAGCCCCAAGGGCCUCCAACAUCUUCCACUGCACCACGCCUGGAGCCCUCCAAGGGGUAUGAGGUGUCACAGGCCACUGCCAAAGCCAUGGCCCCCUGAGGAGCCCAACUUCCCCAUGCCCACUUGACCCAGUGGUUUCUCUUCUUCCUUGUUGCCAUAUGGGUCAGUGCUUGUCCUCUGUGCCCUACCCUCACCCAAUCCCCUUCUUUGCCCCUGGCCUACAGAUCCUUGGGCCCUGGUUAGACUGGGACAGCGUUAGGAGAUACAGACCUUGGGAUAAUCAACAUUAGC